GACCACCGAAUACCACCGAACAAAGAUUUAGUCCACCCAUGCCUGUGUCGUUCAGUGUAUAAUCAGCUGUUUUACAUUCGAUUUUUGAUUUGUUUUCUUACAAACAGAAUGGCAUCUCGCGCAUUAGUGCAACAAUGCGCGAAUGGAAUUAGCCGGAGCAGUCCUCGAAGCUUUGUGUACAGAUUCAGCAGGUUAUUUUCAAGUAAAGGCUCAGAUGUGGAAAAGAAGCCUGACUUGGCACAGCGCAAGAAUUUACAAGAAACCAUAUUGACACAACAGGAGGCCAAGUAUGUGCAAGCUUUGAAGAGCACAAUUACUGUGGCUGAUGAGGAUAUUGGUUAUGUUUCUGGUGUUCCUGAAGAGCAUAUCAAGACACGUAGAGUACGGAUUUAUCAACCUGCUAAGAGCGCUAUGCAAUCAGGAACGAAUAACAUUCAUUUUUGGCAAAUGGACUUUGAUACACGCGAACGCUGGGAGAAUCCGUUGAUGGGAUGGACUUCCAGUGGAGAUCCCAUGUCAAAUGUGAAAGUUGAUUUUGCGACAAAAGAGGAGGCAAUUGCUCACUGCAAAAAGAUGGGAUGGGAUUAUUAUGUGCAAAAGCCAAACAUCAAUCAGCCAAAACCUCGCACCUAUGGGAUGAACUUCUCCUGGAACAAACGUACUAGAGUAUCGACUAAAUAAUUAAUGACUGUUAAUUGUAUUGUUAAUUGUAGUCGUCUAAAAAAUAUUGAAACAAAUAACAAAUAUGUAUUAUAAUGCAAAUAAAUGUAUGUACAGAUGUAUAUUUAAUACAAUGUAUUGUUUAAAAAAUCAUAAUAAUUUAGAGUAAAAAUUUGCUUGUGAGAAAUUGAAA